AUGUCUGGAGGUGGCAUGAACUAUAUUCAGAACUUUGGAUUCUCGACCGACAGAUUUGCUACAACACUCACCAUGCGGAAACUGCAUCUUAUAUGGGUUACUGAAAGAAUGCAUAUUGAGGUCUACAAAUAUCCGGCUUGGAGUGAUGUUGUUGAGAUUGAGACAUGGUGCCAGAGUGAAGGAAGAAUCGGAACAAGACGUGACUGGGUUCUCAAGGACUGUGCCACUGGUGAAGUGAUUGGGCGUGCUACAAGGGUUGGCUCUGUUAUUAUACAGAAACGACUAGCAUUUCUAGAGAAGAACAAUAACAGCUUAAAGAAAAUCCCAAAACUCGAAGAUCCAGCUGAGUAUUCUAUGCUUGGUCUUAAGCCUCGGCGAACUGAUCUGGAUAUGAACCAGAAUGUUAAUAAUGUUACCUACAUAGGAUGGGUCCUUGAGAGCAUACCUCAAAAAAUCAUUGACACGCACGAACUUAAAGUUAUAACUCUAGAUUACAGAAGAGAAUGCCAGCAAGAUGACAUUGUAGAUUCACUUACCACCUCUGAGAUCUCUGACGAGGCGGUCUCAAAGCUUACCAAGACCAAC